CACGCACAAUGGAUGGGGGUAACUACGUCAAAACUCAGCGAGAUGAGAGGAAAGCAUUUUUUGCUGUCACCUUUAGGCAAAGCAAAUAAUAUUUGAAGAGGAGAGAAUUUACGUCGGAGGUCGAACGCUUUUUUAAAGCAUUUUAAAAAGGGAAAGAAGAGGAUAAAGGAUGUUUAUGGGGAGAAGGAGGAUAUUACGAGGGGAGGAGGCUGUUAGGAGGAUGUUUGGGGGGGGGAUAGGAUGUUGGGUGGGUAAGAGGCUUUUAUAAUAGGAAGAUGUUUAGGGUGGUGGGAUGUUGGAGGAAAGGGAUGAUGGGAAAAGGAGAAUGUUGGGGAGAAGGAUGCUGUUAGGAGGGAAGAGGCUAUUAGGAGGAUGUUUGGGGGUAUAGGAUGUUGGGUAGGAAAGGGAGGAUGGGAAAGGAGGAUGUUGGUGGGAAGGAGGAUGCUGUUUGGAAUGGAUCCUUCCCUUCCAAACAGCUUCCCUUCCAAACAGGGGGGGGAGGGACAAGGGAUCCUUCCCUUCCAAACAGCAUCAUUCUCACCAACCCUCCUGGGUUUGGGAAGUGGAAGAAGAUGUUGGGGAGGAGGGGAGAACGUUGGGAAGAGGAGGUUGUUUGGGGGUAUAAUGGAAAUGGGAGUAGAGGGAGGGGGAGAGGGGGGAGGGACACAAAAAAUAGAGGAGAGUUUAAGGAAUGAAGAUGGGGGCCGUUCGCCCAUCUUUAUACUAUUUUAUUUUAUAGUUUAUUAUUUAUUUUCUCAUCAUUUAUUAUUUUAUUUUUUUAUUGUCACUAUUACAGCUGUUAAUAAAAAAAUAUAUUUCCUUUAA